CUUUCUUUUAUUGUUAGUAUGCCAUCAUCCUAAUUUAAUGCUGUUUUUAUGGUUGUUCGUUUUGAUGCUUUCAAAGAAAUUUAAACUUAUUAAUUAAGAAAUGAUCUUGAGCAACUUGUAGCUCAAGAGGCCGAGAAAGUUUACUUUUUUUUUUGGGUCAUAUGAGAAAGUUUACUUUAGAUCCUCUAUUUAAUUCUUUGUCCCAAUAUCACUAGCAAACUUACUUUAAAAGCUACUUGGGCUACAGUGGGUCUUUUCGGAUAGGGAAACGAUUGCAAACUAAGUAGCCCAACCAAAAAAAAACUAAUGGAGUUUGUAAGCCCAAUACCACUAGCCAAAACUUAGCUAAGCAUUCUCUUUGAAAUGCCUUUGCCUCCUUCAUGCAUUUUCUAGGAAGAAAGCCAAGACUUGGCUUGGCUAAUCCCUCCUCCUCUUUGAAAUGCCUUUGUCUCCGUCAUGCAUUUUCUAGAAAGAAAGCCAGGACUUGGCUAAGCCCUCCUCCUCUUUGAAAUGUCAUUGCCUCCGUCAUGCAUUUUCUAGAAAGAAAGGGCAAGACUUGGCUAAGCUCUCUUUGCCAUGCAUCUUCUUGGAAGAAAGCCAAUAGACUUAGCUAAGCCCUCCUCUUUGAAACUUCUUGGCCUCCGCUGUGCAUCUAGAAAGAAAGCCACGACAUGGCUAAGCUUCCCCUUUGAAAUUUCUUUGCCUCCGACGCAUGCAUUUCUAGAAAGCCACGACUUAGCUUAGUCCCCUCCUCUUUGAAAAUUUCUUUGCCUCCGCCAUGCAUCUUCUAGGAAGAAGGCCGUACGCGUUUAGAGCUGCGGAAUUGUUGACAAGUUCUUUUGAAAUUAUUUUGGUGCGGUAACUUCUGCAAGGAUAUUGCCUACUACGCUAAGUUAUCGGGGACUAUAAAAACUGUUCAUUUUUUAAUUUUUUCCAUUAUGAGUUUUUAAUCUUGAAAGAGUAUUCUUAUUCUCUUCAAGGAGAUCAAACGUAGGCCUACAGCAGCCGCCAUGACGAAAUUCGAUGAGAUACCGCACCCGAGCCACCCAGAACACAAGCUGGAGCAGAGUUGGACAGGGAAGCUGUUCAUGUGCAACGGGUGCAAUGAGCCAGGCAUAGGUUCACACUACACAUGUCCCCAAUCCUCAUGCAGCUUUGAUCUCCAAAUGCACUGUGCCAUCCCUUUGGGCCUUUUCCACCACCCCUUCCAACGCCGUUGCAGCUUCCAACUCCUCCCGAGCCCACCAGAGAACACUCGCAGCUGCGAAGCAUGCGGGGAGAAGGGAACGGGGUUUGUGUACCAUUGCAAAGGCUGCAAGUCCAACCUCCACCCCUGCUGUGCUAAGCUGCCCAUGAAGCUCGAGGCUGGAGAUGUCAACCUCUAUUUGUAUGAAAAAGUGAAAAAAUCGUGCCAAGAAUGUGGAUAUAAAGGGAAGGGCUGGAGUUAUAGGUCCGCGGACAAGAAAUGUUAUUUGCAUGUGGCAUGUGCGAAGAGAUUGAUAGCAGAAAAAUGGCUUCAUGGCUCGGGACAUGGUGAUGAUUUGCAGACCACAAUUCCAAACCUUAACAACAUGAUUCAAAAGUACCAUCAGCCUAAAGGGAAGCUGAAGAAGUUCGCUCAGAUUGUCCGGUUGGUUUUGCAGACGGUGAUAUCAACUCUGUUAGGUGAUCCAACGGCUUUGAUUGCUGGAACUGUCAAGUUGCUCUUGACAGAUGAUUGACUUGGUCAAACCUAGUUGAAUGAUUUUGAUUUGUUUUAUUUAUUUGUUUAUUUUUGGAAGUGAUAUGAAACUUUAGAACUAGGGAUAAUUGUGUGUGAUUGUGUAAUUAGUCCCCUUCCCCCCCCGGUAGUGCGACUAUUAGCUUGUAACUAGGGGAUAAUUGUGUUGUGUGUGAUUGUGUAAGAAGUGCCCUUUCCCUGGCAGUUCGACUAUUAGCUUGUACUAAAACUAGGGGAUAAUUUUUUGUAAUUUUCUUAUGUUGAUUUGUUAGGGGGAGUUUGAAUAGAAAAAUAUUGCGAAAAAUCCUUCUAUUACAGUUAUUGAAU